CUGCUUCUCACAGAGCCACUGGGCUGGGGACAGGGGAGCUAGGCUGAAAUCCCCAGACUCCCGUCUUCUGGGCUGGGCUUCCCCCCUUCUCUUUCUGUCUUACUUGCUCCUCUCCCUCUUUCUGGAUUUCACGUGCUGCUCAGGAAACGGCUUUCCACACAAUGGAUCUCCACGUCCCUGUGAGGGAAGUGCUCACGGCCUGAUAUGGCAGACUUUCCUCCCCGGCAAAAGUAAAGAACUCUUCUCCUAUUCAUGGAGGCGAACACUCAGGAUGCUCUCUACAUAAACCAUGAGGUGAACCUCUGUCUGGUACAUUUCCUCUAGAAAGAGCAGGGAGCCAACAUGAAGCAAAAUGUGGUAUCCACAAAUGUUUUCAUGCUGCUACUUUUUCUCAACAUCAGUCUUCUGAAUGGACAAUCGCCUCCCGGAAAGCCUGAGAUCGCUAAAUGUCGUUCUCCUGAAAAGGAAACAUUCACCUGCUGGUGGAAGCCUGGGACAGAUGGAGGACUUCCUACCAAUUACACGUUGACUUACCACAGGGAAGGGGAAAAACUCAUCUAUGAAUGUCCUGACUACGAAACCGGUGGCCCCAACUCCUGUUACUUUAGCAAGAAGUACACCUCCAUAUGGACAAUUUACAUCAUCACAAUAAGUGCCACUAACAAGAUGGGUAGCAGUUCCUCAAAACCACUGUAUGUGGAUGUGGCAUACAUAGUUGAACCAGACCCUCCUAUGAACUUGACUUUGGAAGUGAAACAGCCAGAAGACAGAAAUGAUUAUUUGUUGAUAAAAUGGCUUCCACCUACCGUGGUCGAUACAAGGUCUGGUUGGCUCUCACUCCAGUAUGAAAUUCGAUUAAAACCCGAGAAUGCAGCUGAUUGGGAGACCCAUUUUGCUGGGCAGCAAACACAGUUCAAGAUCCGGAGUUUAUAUCCAGGACAGAAAUACCUUGUCCAGGUUCACUGCAAGCCGGACCAUGGAUACUGGAGUAAGUGGAGCCAAGAGGGCUCUGUUCAGAUACCUAUUGACUUCACCACGAAAGAUACAACGGUGUGGAUCUUUGUGGCCAUUCUCUCGGCUGUCAUCUGUUUGAUCGUGGUUUGGGCAGUGGCUUUGAAAGGCUAUAGCAUGAUGAUCUGCAUCUUUCCACCAGUUCCUGGGCCAAAAAUAAAAGGAUUUGAUACUCACCUACUAGAGAAGGGCAAGUCUGAAGAACUACUGAGUGCCUUAGGAUGCCAAGACUUUCCUCCUACUUCUGACUGUGAAGACUUGCUAGUGGAGUUUUUAGAUGUCGAUGACAGUGAGGUCCAGCAGUUAAUGCCAGCCCAUUCAAAAGAAUACCCAGGGCAAGGUAUGAAGCCCACCCACCUGGAUAAUGACAAUGACUCUGGCCGGGGAAGCUGUGACAGUCCUUCUCUUUGGUCAGAGAAGUGUGAGGAAUCUCAGGCCAAUCCACUCACAUUCCAUCCUGAGAUCAUUGAGAAAUCAGAGAAUCCUGAAACAAAUAUUAUCCACACUUGGGAUCCCCAGAGCAUAAGUGUAGAAGGCACAAUUCCCUACUUCCACCGGGAUGGAUCCAAAUCUUCAACAUGGCCUUUCUCACAACCUGGCUGGCACAACCUCCGAUCUUCUUACCAUGACAUCACAGAUGUGUGUAAACUGGCUGGGGGCACUGCAGAUGCACCGGCCACUUUGUUGGAUGAAGCAGAUAAAGAUGCUCUAGAAUCCUCUAACAUCAUUGAGACUGGAGGGGAAGAAAAGGCAGCUGAGCAGAGGAAAGUGGGAAGUUUCCAUCCCAAGACUGAGCAAGACACAGAAUGGCUUUUGCCUCAGAAGAAAACCCCCUUUAUCUCUACUAAACCCUUCGAUUAUGUGGAAAUUCACAAGGUCAACAAAGAUGGAGUUCUGUCACUACUACCAAAACAAAAAGAGAACAGUGACCAGACAGAAAAGCCUGAGGCUCCUGAAACCAGUAAGGAGUAUGCUAAGGUGUCCAGGGUUAUGGAUCACAACGUUCUGGUCUUAGUGCAAGACCCAAGAGUUCAACAGGUGGCUUCGUUUGAAGAAUCAGCCAAGGAGACUUCACCAUCACCUCAACAGAAUCGAGCUGAAAAAGACCAGGCCAGCUUCAUUGCAACACAAAGCAACUGCAGACUCCAGCUGGGAGGGUUGGAGUACCUGGAUCCUGCCUGUUUCAUGCACUCCUCUCACUGAUAGCUUGACUAAUGAGAUGAUUGGUUAAAAUGUGAUCUUUCUUCAGGUGACACUACAAAGUACAUGACAUGCCAUCCACUAGAGAAUGCUAGAAAAUGUGAUUAGGAUGACACCACUAAAGCUCACAGUUUGCUCUUUUAAAUACUCCAUUUUCAACCACUUGUCUUUUGCUCUAACAGUGGACUCCAGAACAAAUCAUUUUUUUCCCUGUGAUUUGUAGAUUUACUUUUUGCUUUUAGUUAUAUUAUGUGUUCAAUGAAAUAAAAGCACAUUGCUUAGUAUUCUUGAGGGACAGAGCCAAUAGGUAUGUCCUCUGGAAAAGGCUUUCAUGGUUUGGUACAUGACAGAAGGAAAUGAUCAAAAUUGUUUACCACCGGAUUUGACAGAUACAUAGAAAAUACCAUGAAAACUACUUUGGAAAAUCAAUUGUCUAACCUUUAUACUCCUUUCAUUUUAUUAAGAUUACCCAAAGAUGACACAUUUAAGGAAAGAAUGCAUUCCAGAACGCCCAAUGAAUUGUUUACAUCAGUUUCUAUACCUUACUGAUAUAUUGUCUAUAUGAAAGUAAAAUAAUGCCUCUGAUUUUUCCCAUAAAACAGUUUGAAUACAUUAGCAUGUGUUUCUCUUCCUAAAUUUUACUUC